CCGUCCGUCUAUGAGACCCCGCCCCGGCGCCAAGAUGAAAGACGAUUUUGCAGAGGAGGAGGAGGUGCAGUCCUUCGGCUACAAGAGGUUUGGUAUUCAAGAGGGGAGUCAAUGUACCAAGUGUAAAAAUAACUGGGCACUAAAGUUUUCCAUCAUCUUAUUAUACAUUUUAUGUGCCCUGUUAACAAUCACAGUAGCCAUUCUGGGAUACAAAGUUGUAGAAAAAAUGGACAAUGUGACAGGUGGCCUGGAAACAUCCCACCGAAGAUAUACGGAAAAGCUCACAGAGGUGGAGAGUGAUCUGAAGAAAUUAGAUGACCAAACUGGACAAAAAGCCUUGAAUACUAACACUGAACUGUCCAGCUUCAGAUCUGACAUUCUGGCUCUUCGUCAGCAGCUUCAUGACAUUGCAGAAAAAACUACCAGAAACAAAGAUACACUGGAGAAACUCCAAGAGUCUGGAAAUGCAUUAGAUGAUAGACAGAGCCAAAUGAAAAGUGCCUUAGACAGUAACUCUUUCAUGAUCAUCAGUGUUAAUAAGACUCUUCAGUCAUAUACUGGCUAUAUCAACAAUCUUCAACAAGACACAAGUAAUAUCCAAACAAACCUGCAAAACCAAGUGCAUUCUCAUAAUGUGGUCAUCAUGAACCUGAACAACUUAAACCUGACUCAAAUACAGCAACGAAAUCUUAUCAGUGUCCUGCAGAAGUCAAUGGAAGAUACAAGCUUGGCUAUUCUAAAAAUCAAGAAUGACUUUCAAAAUCUGCAGCAGGUUGUCCUUCAAGCCCGGAAGGACACUGACUGGCUUAAGGAGAAAGUACAGAAUUUACAGACUUUGGCCGCCAACAAUUCAGCAUUGGCAAAAGCUAACAAUGAUACCCUUGAAGACAUGAACAAUCAGCUCAGCUCCUUCAGUGGGCAAAUAGAGAACAUCACCACAAUUGCCCAAGCCAACGAACAAAAUCUAAAGGAUCUCCAGGAACAGCAUAAAGGAUAUGAAAACAGAACUGCUGCCAAAUUCAACCAUCUAGAAGAAAGGUUCCAAGUCUUUGAAACCGAUAUAGUCAAUAUCAUUAGCAACAUCAGCUACACUGCUCAUCAUCUACGGACACUGACCAGCAAUCUCAAUGAGGUCAGGACAACUUGUACAGACACCUUAAGUAAACAUUCAGAUGAGCUGAUUUUUAUGAACAGCACAUUAGCCAAUAUUCGCAUAGACGCUGCAUCUCUCAAGGUGCAACAGGAUUUGAUGAGGUCAAGGUUAGAUGUUGAAGUUGCCAAUUUGUCAGUAAUCAUGGAAGAAAUGAAGCUGGUGGAUUCCAAACAUGGCCAGCUCAUCAAGAACUUCACUAUCCUACAAGGUCCUCCUGGUCCCAGGGGACCUAAAGGUGACAGAGGCCCUCCAGGUCCUCUUGGCCCCGCUGGCCUAAAAGGACAAAAAGGAGAGAAAGGAGAGCCUGGACCACCAGGACCUGCAGGUGAGAAGGGCCCACCUGGGCCAGCUGGGCCACCAGGAGAAAAAGGAGGGAAAGGUUCAAGAGGAUCGCCUGGCUCCAAAGGUCAGAGGGGUUCUCCCGGCAAGACUGGUCUGCCUGGACCAAGUGGAGACCCAGGGCCACCAGGUCCACAAGGCAAGGACGGUCCACCUGGGCCUCAAGGCCCACCAGGAUUUCAAGGCCUGCAAGGAACUGUGGGAGAACCAGGGGUACCAGGACCUCGAGGACUACCUGGACUACCUGGAGUCCCUGGGCUGCCUGGUCCAAAGGGGCCACCUGGCCCACCAGGGCCACCAGGUCCAGGGAUGCCAAUGGCACUACAGAGUGAACCCACAUCAGUGCCCGAGGCUAAUGGUUGUUCUCCUCAUUGGAAAAACUAUACAGAAAAGUGCUACUACUUUUCAAUUGAAAGAGAAAUUUUUGAAGAGGCAAAGUUAUUCUGUGAAGAGAAAGCAUCACGUUUGGUUAUCAUCAACAACAAAGAGGAGCAGCAAUGGAUAAAAAGGCAGAUUUUUGGGAAAGGCAGUUUCUGGAUUGGACUAACAGAUUCAGAGAAGGAAAAUGAAUGGAGAUGGCUGGAUGGAUCCUUACCAGUUUACACAAACUGGAAAACUGGGCAGCCUGAUAACUGGAGUCAUGGGCAUGGGCCAGGGGAAGAUUGUGCUGGGUUGAUCUAUGCUGGGCUCUGGAACGACUUCUACUGUGAAGAUGUUAACAAUUUCAUUUGUGAAAAAGACAUGGACAAAGGGCAAAUAUUUGGCGUGUAAUAGGCUGUGACUUUACAGAUACCUACAUAUUAUGAAAAUCUACGUAAAGAAGAAAAUCCUGGGAGAGAGCAGCAUCAACUUCCAAAAUUAAAUAUUAAAAAAAAGAAAAAAGCAAGCACUGAAAACUGAUUUAAAAGCAUAAAGGAAUUUAAUAGCAACUCUUCUCCAGCAUCCUGCAAUUAUUCAAGGCCUUUCAACCCACAGCAUCAAGAAAUACCGUUGGACUAAUUCUGUUAUAGGUUUUCUUCCCAACUAGUAACCACGUACAUAAGCAACUUGCGUCUUCUGAGAAAAGACAUUCCAUCAAUCUGAGUAAGACUGUUGGUCACUCAUAUAGAAAAACAUAUAAAACAACUGUGUAAACAGUUGUUUCAUUUGCUAAAAUCCCAAAUGUAGGAAAAUUAUACAGAUACACGAAUAUAUAGAUUUUAUAUAAAUAUAUAUAUAUAGUCCAACUCUUAUCAAUAAUAUGGAAUAUACUUUUAAGAGCUUUUAAAACUUUGUAUUUUUGUACAAAAUAUUUGCUUUUUACAAUUGUUCUCUUUUUUACUGACUUUUUUUACAAAUAUAGUGCACAGGGGCCAAAGAAAACAAUAAAGGUACUAAUAAUUCAUUAAGGUUUGCUGUCAGGCCUAGCUCAGCAGUAGAGAAAUAUUUUUCCAUUUAGAAAUAUUUGUACUUUCCCAGAUGAUUUGUUCUGGUUAAAUAACUUUUAAAGCGGAUUUUAGGUAGUGUUUUCCUUACUCUAUGCAAUCUAGUCUGCGUGUGUAACAAUUAGGUUGACUAAGGACUAGAUACUCAAUAGCUCUGAUCACAGCCAGUGUUCCACUGACCAUGUUAAUAAAAGCUUUUCCUCCCUUCCUUCCUUCCUUUCUUCCUUCCUGCCUGCCUGCCUGCCUACCUGCUUUCCUACCUUGCUGCCUUUCCGCCUGCCUUCCUGCUUGUCUACCUCCCUUCUAUCCAGCCUGCCUGCUUUCCUGCCUGCCUGCCAUCCUGCCAUCCUACAUUCCUUCCACUCAUGAGAAAAUGCCACAGAAGUAAAUCACCAGCUUUUGAGAAUGAUUUUGAAAUGUUUUCAUUCCUUCUCCCUUCUUGUAAGGAAUUCUGCCCCAGUAGGUGCUACACAUACUGCAAGUCAAGCCCAGCUGAGAGACUUUAUGGAAAGAGAAACAAAGAAGCUGCACACAUUGAAAUGUGUUUGUUUUUAAGACAGAUUUCAAGAUCUGGUAAGAAGGACAUGCCAUACUCAACUUGCACUUCUCCUAAGUGCUUUGUAAACCAAUCUCUCUGUUUUCUUGGACCAGUACUUCUCUCCCAAACAAAGUAGAAAAUAAAAUAUGCUGCAAAACAGAAGAAGAUGAUAUCAUUACGCAGCCAGUUUCCUCCACAGUCCCAUGUGCCGUUGUCUAGGCAGCAGCGUUGUUUAUCACGAAUUAAAAAAAUUAGCAGUUAAAUUCAUUAGCAGAAACUCUUGUAUUUGUUCCCAGUUUUUAUACUCUUUGCAUGUCCACAUGCUAUAUGAUGAAGGAAGUAGUUUCGGCUUCUUGGGAAGGAGAAAUGUUUUUCCAUUGCCUCCUGACCUGCCGUUUACCUUGGCUGAAUGCAGAUAUAUUUGUUGAAAUACUCCAGCUCUGUUGGAAACAGACAAGAUUUUGUACUUCAGAUUUUCAAAUAUUGCUCCUAAACCCAACCAAUUAAAGACUGCUGCUUCCCUAUGUCUCACAGUCUCUCCAGUAUUUUAAAUUUGAAUUAUGAUUUUCUUUAAAAAUACACAAAAUAUUAGAUUUGGGAAGCUGUCCUGUGGGUACAAAUUAGAUAUGAGACAGGAACAACACGAAAAUUGCAGAUGCUUAAUUAAAAGUGAGAGGUCUGUGCAUUUCAGCUGCAGAAACCAUGCCAUCUUGGAGGCAGGGCUUUUCUUCAGACAGUCUGGAUUUCCUGAGGCUUUUCUUUUGGCUUUUUCAUCAGGUUUUGAAUACAACUUGAUUCUACCAUACACUCUUGUCAUGCUGUACCUGGGAGUCGCAUGUAGAUGCAUUCUGUACUGUUUACAUAUAUAUUUACACAAUGUCUAUGGAGAUAAUGUUAAACUGCUAAUUUUGGAUAAUGAGUUAAAAAACUAUUAUUUUGCAUGCCCAGAGAGCCUUACAAACCCUGGUGAGUGGAGCCUUGCAGAGCCACACAGAAAUAGAAGCACUGCUACCUUUGUUUUGAAUGUUGGUUUAUUUAGGUGAAAUAACCCCCUUUGGAGCAUCUGCCACAUUAAAUGACAUUCUUCCUGCUUUUUACUGAUAUCAUAAACUUCUCUCACCAAAAGAAGCCAAUGAGAAGCCCUGUUUAAGCCCAAGCUGUACUGCUUCCUUGCCCCGAUUUCAUCCUUCUCUUCCUUCAGCAAUAGCAGUGAUGAUACAUAUCAAGAUCAGAUGAUCCAAGAGUCAUCUAAUGUCUUCCAGUCAGAGGAGUGACAUGCUAAGGACAUCGAGAAAUGAAAUGUGACUGGACUUACACCUUCUGUUCACACAUUUGAAUGAAAGACUGCAGCUGUGCAGCAAACUGGCUGGAGAGGGGUGCUGCAGUUGCAUGCCUAGCAUGUCCAGUCAUCCUUAAAAAGUGUCCUGAGCAACCAGGUGGACUGAGACAGACCAUACUUUUGACCUAGUAUUCCUGCAGGAGGGAAACAGAGGUGUUAAGUGGCAACAAAGAUUGAAAUCACUGAGAAGGCCAAGGGAGUGUUAAGACAGCUCAGGAACCUGUCACAGAACAGACAGAUUGGCAGGGAUGUGAGCGGGACACCAGAAUGGGCCAAAAAAUUGUCAUGAAAGUCAGUGGCCACUCUUUAGUGGGAAAACAUCCCCAUUAAAUCUGUUUUCUGUAUGGUUUGAGUGAUAACACGGCUUGUUUGGAAAGUUUUAAGUGAGAGGAAAUUAUUCUGUCCCAGCUCAAGUUUUGGCCUUCUUAUGCACAAACACUGUAACUUGUACUGAGCACACAUUCCCAUCAUCCUUUUUCUUGUUUUAGAUCAAACUAAAUGCAAGUUCAUAUACCCUGGUAAGCACUGAGACUUUGGGAAGAAAAGGAGGAAAAGGCAGAGAGGGUAAAAAGUCAUUGUGAUGUACAUUCAGUGCUGAAUUUCUUAAUGUGAUUUCUGACUCAUUUCAUUAAUUUAUUUGGAAACACCUUCAGCUGAUUAGAGCUUCUAAAUUUCAAACUCUCAUUCUCUUCGAUGUCUAUAAAUAAUACCUGCAAAUGUUCCAAUAAAGGAAUGACUAAGUGGAGA